GGUAUCGAAGGAGUUUUAGCGGGCGGCUUGACAUCAGCGUCUAACGGACUUUCAUGAUUCUUUCUAAUGCUUCAUCAAAAAUCAUUUUGCACAAUAUAUGCUAAGAACCUCGAUGAAAAUAUACAACCUCGAUUCAGACAAAGCAUUAAUUCGUGUACAAAGUUCAUGCGUCUAGUUGGCUAUAAUUUGGUGUGUCGAUCGGGUAAAAAGAGGAAACAGGAUGGAAGACAGACAGUGCAGGUUCUGCAGUCGAGCCGUUGAUCCGAGCCGACGCAAUGUGGUCGGAUAUCAUCUACGUCUUACUACUAUCGUUCUGUGUCUUCAUUGGGUUUUAUUACCGUAACAUCAGUGACCCGGACGUGAAAAAAUGGAUCGGAACUAUCAUCGGCUUCGCGAUUACUGUGAUCGUGUCUGGGAGCCACACAUAUUAUCCUUUAAUCUUCACCCUGAUUAACGCGAUUAUCAUAACCAAGUUCUCACCGAAACUAUGUCACCUAGCCAGUUUUUAUUUUUCAUUUUUUUACCUACUUUUCGUAUCCCGAUUGGGAGACUAUGUCGGUCUGCCAGUAGUAUCGACUCAUACAAACCUUAUACUUAUGAUAAUGACACUGAAAAUAUCUGGCCUGGCUUUCGAAAUAAAUGCUGCUGAUGGUCGAGACGAUGCCCAAGACGAUGUGGAAGGUGUCAGCUCUAAGGCACUAAAAAAUGUAGGGAUAACGGACGUAUUCCAUUACGGUUUCAGCUACAUGGGACUAUUAACAGGCCCUUAUUAUCGAUACAGAACUUAUUGGGAUCACCUACACAGACCGUUUUACAAAUGCGUAGACCCUUGGACUUUGACCCUACCUAAACUUCAAGCAAUUGUGGUCUACUGUGUCUUGUUUUUGAUAAUGAAUUACUUAUACCCUGUCAAUUACGUCUUGACGGAGGAAUACGCGGAGCAGUCUUUUCUUUAUAGGCAUUUCUACAUGUACCCCACAUUCGCGGUGUUUCGAUUAAGAAUGUACAUUGGUAUGGGUUUAGCCGAAUGCGCUUGCCAGAUGGCUGGAUUGGGUGCAUACCCGGCGAAAUCGAAUCCUCUUCCAGGGAUGGGGCCGAAGGAUUACAUGAGGAUAGAGAAAGAAUUGCCGGAAGACUUGAGAGCCGAUGAAUGCAACUUUAAUGCGGUUUAUAAUAUGGAUGUUAAGAGACUGGAAACGUGCAUGUCCGUGAGAACAGCCAUGAAAGCAUGGAAUGGAUGCAUUCAAUAUUACUUCGGCGUCUACGUGUACAAACGAUUCCCGUAUAAGAGCCUGAGAACUCUAGUCACGUUAACGUUGUCUGCCAUUUGGCAUGGCUGGGCGCCUGGCUAUUUCAUUUGUAUUUGCCAAAUACCUUUGUUCAUGUUAACCGAUGAUCUAGUCACGAAGUUUUAUCGGCAGAACGAAGAAGCCACUUUUAGCAAUACGCUAUGGUAUAUGCUAGGAUGGUACGAGAAAACGACUUGUAUGGCUUAUUUAGGAGUGCCGUUCUUAUUAUUAGGCUUCGAGGACUGUAUGCACUAUUAUAAGCAAGUUUACUUCUCUGGCCACAUCGUCGCACUCUUAAUGUACGUUACCGUUCUCUGUUGUAAGCCGUACAUUUUGAAGAAAGCUAAGAAAGAAGAGUAAGAAGAAAGUGAUCAACGAUUCUGCACGAAAUUGCAUGUCUUUCUAAUAUUUAGAUAUAUAUAGGUAUACAUUUAAACGAAAUACGUAUUUGAAUACGUAUUUCCGCGUAACUUUACAAAUCGAGCCAUUAUCUACUUCUAAAGAAGUCUAGGGUAACUUAGGUACUACACUCUUUAGGGUAUUUUUAUUGUUUUUUUUUUAGAUAUAUAUUAAUGUAAGGAUGAUGGUCAUUAGACUGAGGAUUUUUAUGCAAAAUAAAAUAUUUAUAGUAGCCGUUUAAAAAAUA